AAUUCGGGUUCAUAUCAGUUCAAGUUGAGUUAAAAAAAAAAUUAAAGAGAGGAGGGCGGAGAAUUGCGUGGUCUGCUCUGUUGCGACUCCUGAGGCAUCGUCGGCAAAGAGGGGCGACGCAGCGAUGGCGUCCUCGUCAGCGGGAAGCGGUUUGACCUACAAGCUCCACCCGCUGGUGAUCGUCAACAUCUCCGACCACCACACCCGCGUCAAGGCUCAGAAUCAUCACGCCUAUGAUGGCAGCAGCGGCGGUGCUGCUGCUGCGACCCGCGUAUUCGGGUGUGUCAUCGGCGUCCAGAGAGGUCGAACUGUUGAGAUCUUCAACAGCUUCGAGAUCCUCUACGACCCCCUGACCCACUCCCUUGACCGCACCUUCCUCGAGAAGAAGCAAGAGCUCUAUAAGAAGGUAUUUCCGAACUUCUAUAUACUGGGUUGGUAUUCGACAGGUAGCGAAGUACAAGAAUCAGAUCUGCAGAUUCAUAAAUCUUUGAUGGAUAUCAAUGAGAGUCCAGUUUAUGUUCUUCUAAAUCCUGUGAUAAACCAUUCUCAGAAGGAUCUUCCAGUUACCAUAUAUGAAAGUGAAUUGCACAUUAUUGAUGGAAUCCCCCAGCACAUAUUUGUUAGAUCAAGUUACACAAUAGAGACUGUUGAAGCAGAGAGAAUUUCAGUGGACCAUGUAGCACAUCUAAAACCAUCUGAUGGUGGAUCUGCUGCAACUCAAUUGGCUGCUCAUCUUACUGGCAUUCAUAGUGCCAUUCAAAUGCUGAAUAGCAGGAUCAGAUGCAUUCAUCAGUAUCUUGUUGCUAUGCAAAAUGGUGAUGUCCCUCUAUAUAACUCAAUUCUCAGACAAGUCUCGAGCCUUCUGAGAAGACUGCCAACCAUGGGAUCAGAGAAGUUUCAGGAUGAUUUCUUGAUGGAAUACAAUGACACUCUUCUUGUAGCAUACCUUGCUAUGCUGACCAAUUGUUCAAGCACCUUGAAUGAACUGGUCGAUAAAGUCAACACCACCUACGAUAGACACACCCAAAGGGGAGUAGGCCGGACUGCAUUUAUCUAGUUUUAAAAUGAUUUUUUCCUUGGCAAAUGCUCAAUGAUUUUCAUUUAUUGGAUGGAUGUAGAGUUGGGAUUUUGUUAUACCUAACUUAUUUAUCAAGGACCAAAGAAAAAAACUCUUUUUUGUUCA